ACUCGAAUCAAUCAUUUAAUCUGUGCUCUAAAAAUUGAUUAACAAAAUGUAUGCACUACUCGUUGUGCUUGUUGCAAAUUAUUUCAAGUUUUCCGCAACGCAAGCGGAUGUUCCCGAAGUGUGUAUUGAUCAAUUGGGUUGCAUUGAAGGUAUUUAUGUAACAGGUAAUGAUGGGCAACAAUACGAGGCAUUCUACGGCAUACCAUAUGCAAAAUCACCGAUCGGUGAAUUGCGAUUUAAGAAUCCUUUACCAGUCGAACCAUGGCAGGACAAAAUUAUGGCCAAGGAACCGAGAGCUGAUUGCAUUCAAUAUAACACAAUUCCGCCAACACCUAUUCUGUAUGGUGACGAGGAUUGUCUUUACUUGAAUUUGUACCGUCCCAAGAAUCAUACCGCUGAGAAACUGCCAGUUUUAUUCUACAUACACGGUGGAGCAUUGUUUGCGGGCUCUCCAAAUCCCUCAAAUAUUGCGCCUGAUUAUUUUAUGGAAACUAAUGAGGUUAUAUUGGUAUUAAUCGCAUAUCGUUUAGGUCCAUUUGGUUUUCUCAGUACUGGCGACGAGCAUAUGACCGGUAACUUUGGACUUAAGGACCAGAACAUGGCUAUGAAAUGGGUUCAAAAAUAUAUUAGCGCCUUCGAAGGUGAUGCUUCGCGUGUAACUAUUUUUGGUCAUAGUGCUGGCAGUAUUUCUGCACAUUUCCACAUGUUAAGCCCUGCUUCAAAAGGUUUGUUUCGCAAUGCUGUAUUAAUGAGUGGCCAAGCAAAUUGUCCUUUCAUCCGGAAAAUUGAUCAGAAAUCACAGGUUAUUCAAUUAGCUACGGGUAUGGGAAUUACAAAUGCAAACAAAAUGUCUUCAAGUGAACUAGCUGAUGCUCUACGCAAUACGCAAGCAACGGAUUUGUUAAAGGCUGGUGCUGACCUAAAAAUAUGGAAUUUAUACCCCUUCGGUACUUUUCGUACCACCAUUGAACAAGAAACAUGGCCGGAACCUUUCAUAACCGCAGAUAUGUACAAAUUAAUUGGAAGCCCAGAUAUGCCGAAAACUGUGCCAUGGAUUGGUGGUUAUACUUCACCAAUUGGAGAAGGUACUGUGAUGGCGCUAAGGCUAUAUUCGGAUCUGGCUUUACAAGCGGACUUCAAUAAGAACUUUAAUGAAUUGUUCAAAUUAGUUAUUGAACUGAGUGGCACCGAAUAUCCGGAAAGAGUCGAUGACGUAAUAGAACGUUUAGUAGUGGAAUAUAUGGGUGGCGUACGUGAGUUGAAUGAAAACACAAUUGAUGGCUUUCUCGAGCUUUUGGGUGAUUGCUUCUUUACUUACCCAUUAUACAAAACUAUAGCUGCGAAUGUUUAUUCUGGUGGUAGAGCAAAUAGUCUAACGGGAAUAAUUAAAUUCGGCUACCGUGGGCCAUAUACAUAUUCUGAGAUUUUUACAGGCACCUCAAGGAAUUUCGGCGCUGUUCACGUUGAUGAUUUGCUAUAUCUAUUUCGUAUGCCCUUCUUAGCUCCAAAAGGAUAUGCGAAAUCAACACUUGAGGCGCAGUUGGUUAAGAGAUACGUGGCACUACAUGUUGAGUAUGCUAAAACUGGCAAUGUUGAAGCCUUUGAUAAAAUGAACCCUUGUUCGAAAGAUCAGUUUGACCGACAUGAUGGAUCAGGCAUUUGCGACUAUUUGUCUAUUGUCAAUGAUACGGAAUUAUUCCAUGUCGGGAAUGAAUGGAAUGUGGAACGGAUGAAGUUGUGGGAGUAUGUUGAAAAAAUUCUAUUUGAUAUCUAAUGCUAUAGUGCUAGAACAAAAAUUGUACAAAAACAAAAAAAAAAAGGAAUAGUAGUUUGUAUUUUGAAAAUUGUAUAUAUAAUUAAAAUUGCACGUAAAAAUGGGUUAGAAAUA